AUGUCCAGAGUCGAGGCUUUUGAGGAUCCUGACCCCCGUUCCCAGCUCAAGGAAUUCCGCACGGACAUCUCCAUGGUGAUUGAUGAUCCCUUCCCACUGCUCUAUGGGUUGGUGGACCGCAGCAUCAUCAGCGACCAAAUUCUGAAGGAUACCCUGGAAAGGGAGGGCAGAGAGGGGAUCCACAAGGCCAUGUACUCCCUGCUUUCCUGGCUCCUGGAGCAGAGUAGGACCACCAUCCAGGCCUUCUGGACCAACCUGGCCAAGGACUACAACCAGCACAGCUACCCAAGACUGCAGGCCCUCCUGACCAGCAUUCAACCAGGUAGUGAGAUGGUGGGCACCAAGCAGGGGAAGAGAUCCCCACGAGGGUCUCGAGAGUCCCACAGCAGGAAGAGGGGCCUGGGGGAGAGACACCCUCAUCACUCUCACCACUCUCAGCACCACGGCAAAAGUGGCAAAGUGAAGUCGGUGAAGAAAAGUGAAGGUGCUGCAGUGGUCUCUCAGAUACCUGCUGGAAAGGGUGUCCAGGCGGUGUCCACCUCGGUCCAGAGGGCAGUCACUCUGUCGUCCAGUGAGCUGCCGGUCAGCUGCGGGGCCAGAGAGGAGAUCCUCAUCAAACAGGUGUUUGGAUCUGGAAGUGCCAAAAAGUGCAUUAAAGUGGGUGGUGAGUAUUACACCUCUGGGCCAUUCGAUGAGCUGACUGGAGGACACAAGACAAAGUCUGCAAAUACUAAAUACCACCACAAGGAGGAGUCCAGCACCAGGGUUAGAGACCAUAAUGAUGAUGAGUGUACAGUGUGUAAAGAUGGAGGUGAGCUCAUCUGUUGUGAUGGCUGUCCCAGGGCCUACCACCUGACCUGCCUAGACCCUCCCCUCACCACAAUACCAAGUGGCACUUGGCGCUGUCAAUCAUGCCAUAGCAAUAAGGUGAGAAGAGAGAGAAUCUACCCAGUACUACCUAGCCAGUUGACAGAGACCAGCUCUAGUAACUCCACCAUCGACUUCUCCUUCUUCUCUUCCUUAUCCUCCACCUCUCUCUCCGGUGUCACCACAACCAAGAGCGGUCAGUGUGCAGGUGGCGAGGUGGUGGAGGUCAGGGAGACGUGUGGGGUUUGCCUCCUCAGUGGAGGAGACCUGACACUCUGUCUCCAGUGCCUACAGAAGUACCACACCUACUGCCACUUCCCAAAUGGGAGGUCCAUCUGCUCCUCCUGCACUAGGCCCUGGGGCAGCUCAACAGACAGAGAGGCGGAAUCCAAGGGCUUACAGGUACUGUGUGUUGGUCUGACUCCACACACUCAGGAGCACUCCUCUCUCUCAGAGCCCAUCCUACACAAGGAUGAACUAGACUCCAUCAUGGGAGAGCAGAGCUCCAUAGAUGGGAUCCUGCAGUGGGCUUUCCAUAACAUCUCCAGGCCUCUCUCGGACACUCAGGGCUACUUCCAAUGACAUACACACGCACACAUAACAAGCUCAAAACACAUGUUAUGA